AUGGCAAGUAACGCUGAUAAUGUUGACUCCAAGUUAUGGCCUAAAUUAGUUGUUAAGGAAUUCAUAGAUAUUAUGGUUGAUGAAGUGACAAAUGGAAAUAUGCCAAAUGGUGUAUUUAAUACUAGAACGUGGACUUCCAUGACCACUAAGUUAAAUUUCAAAGCAAAGAGUUCUUAUAAAAAAGAACAACUGAAGGCAAAGAUGCAUAGGUUGCGAGCUUUGUAUCGCGAAUUCUCGGCACUUGUGAAUCACACUGGAUUUGGGUGGGAUCCUGAAACCAACACUGUCACCGCAAGUGAGGAAGUUUGGAAAGAUUAUAUUCGGGUGCAUGAUAAAGCUGCUCAGUUUCAAAGGAGAGGUCUUGACCAUUAUAACUUACUGGGAAUUAUAUUUAACAAAAAUACUGCAACGGGAGUUCUUCACCAUUCAUCUACCCAAGACCCACCCAACACAGAUGAAGAAAUUGAGCUUGAAAAUCAAUACCGCAACAAUGGGGUUCAUGUUAACCUUGAUAAUGAUAGUUCUAAUGAUGAUGUUCAAGAAUUGGAGCGCAUUACUCGUAGUGGAAAGCGCCAAAUUCAAGAGAAAGAGGGAAAAUCUAAGAAAAGUACUAGAACAAUGCAAAUGGGAGAUGCACUAGCAGCAUGGGCUGAUGCAUCCAAGGCAAGGGCUGAAAGGUAUAGGGGUCAUAGUAUGGAGGCCACUUCGUCCAUUGUAACGCCUGAUUAUUCAAUUACUAAGUGUGUGACUGCACUUGAAGGAAUUGAAGGCAUCUCAGUGGAUACCUAUAUGAAAGCUUGUGAAAAGUUUAAGGAGGCUGAAUAUAGAGAGAUGUUUCUUGCUAUGUCCGCUGAAAUGAGACAUGCAUGGCUUCAUAGACUUUAG